CGGUGCAAACAUGUCUCUCUGACCAACGCUUGAUAGGGGUCGCCUCAAAGCCCUUCCAGCACUAUCUGUGAACGCCCAUGGACUCCUCUAACAUGACACGUGUCCCUGUACCAACGACACUCUCCUCACAGCUGUUUCCUUCACGUGUCCUGAGCGCUACAAAACGGAUAAUAUGGAGUUUGUUAUUGUGGGUGGCAACGAUGGCGUCACCGCAGCCAUCACCUAGUAAGCUGAGCAAAUACACAGCGAUGGGGCACCGAUAUCUCUCCCGCUGGGUGUCGUGGUCAGGGACGAUCUCCACGCCCCCAGGAUCCCCGUCUAGGAGUUCACCCAACGAGAGCGGCAUCCCCUUGUCCCCGCAGCCUCCGAGAGCCUUCCAGCCUCGGUCCAGGGCGUCCUCCAAGGUCUCUAACAUGUCGGAGGUGCAGGCGGCGGCAGGUCAUGUUGAGUACCCGCUGGUGCCCAAGCUGCCCGUGCCGCCGCUGGGCCAUACCCUCGGCUGGUACCUGACCCACCUCAAGCCGGUCCUCCCCCAAGACGAGUACAGGGUGGUGGUCGGGAUCGUGGACGAGUUCGGGAAGCCAGGAGGUAUUGGUGAGAAGAUCCAGGGAGAACUGAUCAAGAGACAAGACGCCAUGGAUAACUGGGUGUACAAUUGGUGGCUGGAUGACAUGUACCUGAACGUGCCACUGCCGUUACCUGUCAACAGUAACCCUGGCAUGGUGUUCCCCCAUCAGAAGUUCACUACAGACGCUGACAUGCUCAAUUUCGCAACCCGCCUCGUCACGGCAGCCCUCGACAUGAAGGAGAGGAUCGAAGCAGGUGACCUGGACGUGGACCGGUGCAGUGCUAGGGAGAGACACCAGCCUAUGUGUAUGGCUCAAUACAACCGGGUGUUCUCCUCGUACCGGAGACCAGCCAUCCCUAAGGACAAGCUGCUCUCCGUGGUCGAGUACCAACAGGAGAACCAACACAUCAUCGUCUGCUACAAGAACCAUAUGUUCCGGGUUGAGGUGGUAGUGGAGGGAACCAGGAUGAGCCAGCAGCAGAUCACGACACAGCUGCAGGAAGUCUUGAAGGCUGUAGACGAGUAUGAGGGUUCGGAUCCUCCUCCUGUGGGCAUUAUGACCUCUGACAACCGGAGAACCUGGGCCCAGAGUCGACAGAUACUGGCGGGAGAGACGGAAAACCAGAAGAUCCUGCGGGUUCUGGAGACGUGUGUGCUGGUGGUGUGUUUCGACGACCCUCUGCCGUCAAAAUUCAACCUGGCGACCCGCACCAGCCACCGAGCCAGCCUCAGCAAGCGUUCCUCAAGCAUCAACAUGAAUGCUCAGAACACGCCGACGGAGGAUAUGACAACGAGAGACGAGGUAAACGCCGGCCAUCAGAUGAUCCAUGGUGGAGGCUUUAACCACAACACAGCCAACAGGUGGUUUGACAAGACCGUCCAGUUCGUGGUGACGCGGGAUGGUUGGUGUGGACUCUGUUACGAACACUCCUGCGCCGAAGGUAUCGUCGUCAUCCAGCUGGUGGAACAGAUCCUGCAGGCUACCACCGCCGAGAAGGCGCAGCAAGAGGAGAACGUGCCAGAGGGAGUGACGCAGCCAGAGUUUGAAGGACAACAAGACCCAGAAGCAGUAAAAGCAGCAGCAGGAGGAGGGGCGUCUGAGGUAGGGUUUCCAUCCCCUGAGGAACCCGCCCCGUCCCCCACCAGGCUGGAGUGGAAAGUCACGCCCGUCAUCUACCGUCGGAUGCAGGAGGCCGCUGACCAUAUUGACAGGCUGGUGGAGGACCUGGACUUCCGCAUACUGAGGUACCUCGGCUACGGCAGGAACUUCAUGAAGAAGGCCAAGUGUUCCCCCGACGCCUUCAUCCAGCUGGCCCUACAGCUGGCCUUCUUCAGGUGCCAUGGGCAGCUUACCAGCACCUACGAGAGCGCCAGCACCCGUAGGUUCCGCCUGGGCCGUGUCGACUCCAUCAGGGCCAACACCCCGCAGGUGCUGGCCUGGUGUGAAGCAAUGGUCCUCAACGCUCCUUUGGCCGAUCGCCUGACGAAGUACGAGACGGCUAUCAAACUACAGACGGAGAUUAUGGUGAACAACAUCUUGGGACAAGGUAUAGACAUCCACCUGUUGGGUUUGAGGGAAAUGGCUAAAGAGAUGGGUGUCGACGCCCCUAUCUUCAGCCAUAGGUCUUAUCACGUCUCCAAUCACUUCCGUCUGUCUACCAGUCAGGUGCCGACACUAUCAGAUUCAUGGAUGGGCUACGGAGCUGUUGUACCUGAUGGCUACGGUGCCUCCUAUAACCCCCACCCAGAUUCCAUCGUCUUCUGCCUCUCUGCCUUUAAUUCAUGCGAGGAGACUUCUACUCUGGAGUUUGGCAGGAGCCUCGAGCGAGCACUAGACGAAAUGAGAGUUCUUAUGGAAUCAAAGUUCAAAUAAAAAGGAUUCUCUGUUUUUCUCAAUAUUUUUUUUUUCUGGAGCCAAACGAUUAUACAAAAAAAAUACCCACGAAAUAUUAAUACAGCUUUGGAUGUUCUUUUUUUUUUUUUGGAUGAAAUUUUACGGUUUUACUGAAUAUACUUUGUGAUUUAUUAUUAUACAGUUUUCAGUGUGUUUGUUUGUUUGUUUUAUAGGAAUUUGUAUCUUGUGUUUGUUGGAGAGGGUUAAUGUUUGUUGGAGAGGGUUAAUGAUUGGUUGAGAGAAUUUAUGUUUGUUUCAGAGGCUUAAUGUUUGUUUCAGAGGCUUAAUGUUUGUUUGAGAAGGUUAAUGUUUACUUCAGAAGGUUAAUGUUUACUUCAGAAGGUUAAUGUUUCCCAGGUGCUUACAAAAGGACUCCACAUCCAGGUGGUCGACAUAGGUGCAGUUCUAAGACAAUUUGUCCCCCUAAGACUGACAGACUUUACUCUCACUACCUGAUGUUCUGUACCCACUCGCUGUGUCUGUCUGUGUCUCCAGAGAUUAAUUUUAUACAGCUACUGAAGCUUCUGAACUGUAUUUAUUGCUGAAUGUCAUAAUAAUGUUGGAACAUAUAAAGAGAUAUAUAUAUAUAAAUGUAAACAUAUAAAAAAAAACUGGUCCAGGCUAAACCAUUUUAGAGGAGAAAAAAAUAAAUCAAGUUUGCACAUAGAUUAGCGUAGGGGGGCCAUUGUUGACUAUAGUUAGGUAGUUUAGUUUAUGUAUGAAUGACAGACGUGAGUAGUUAUGAUAUCUGCAUUCAGCUGCGUUGUUCGGUGAUGGUUUAUGAUAACAGUUAACACUUCCUUAGUCUAACACGUUAAUUAAACAACAGUAGGUGCUUCGAUGUAGUGAUUUAGUUUGGUAGUUAGUCAGUUAGUUAGCCUUUGUUAGGGGUGUGGCGGGCAACGACAUCCUGCUGCUUAGAUGACAGUACUGUGUAAUCUUAUGUACAUACUGUAUACCUGGUGAGUUCCGGGGGCUAUUGGCGAGUUCUGGGGGCUACUGGCGAGUUCCGGGGGUUACCUGCGAGUUCUGGGGGCUACUGGCGAGUUCGGGGUUACCUGCGAGUUCUGGGGGCUACUGGCGAGUUCUGGGGAACACCGGCGAGUUCUGGGGGCUACUGGCGAGUUCUGGGGGCUACUGGCGAGUUCUGGGGGCUACUGUCGAGUUCUGGGGGCUA